GGAAUAAAUACUGUGCACCCCCACGAGAACCAUGAAGACAUCCUUCCCAUUGAUAACUAAUGCGAGAUUCAGGUGCACAGCUUGGCUUGUUGUGCUGCUCUUACAAUGCGUGGGAUAUUCUCACGGGAUGCCACACGUCUUGAGAUUCGGUGGUAUAUUUGAGUCCGUGGAGAGUGCGCCGUCAGGUGCAGAGGAGCUAGCCUUUAAAUUUGCGUUGAACACAAUCAACAGGAACCGAACCCUCCUCCCCAACACCACCCUCACGUACGACAUCCAGAGGAUAAACAUCUACGACAGCUUUGAGGCCUCCAGGAAAGCCUGCGAUCAGCUGUCUUUAGGGGUGGCGGCCAUCUUUGGUCCUUCUCACAGUUCGUCGGCCAACGCGGUCCAGUCCAUCUGCAACGCCCUGGGGGUGCCCCACAUCCAGACAAAGUGGAAGCACCAGGUGUCAGACAACCGGGAUGUGUUCUACGUCAGCCUCUUCCCGGACUUCUCCUCGCUCAGCCGGGCCAUCCUGGACCUGGUCCACUUCUUCAAGUGGAAGACCGUCACAGUGGUCUACGACGACAGCACCGGGCUGAUUCGACUACAAGAGCUCAUCAAGGCCCCGUCUCGAUACAACAUCCGACUAAAGAUACGACAGCUGCCCACGGACUCAAAGGACGCCAAACCCCUGCUGAAGGAGAUGAAGCGGGGGAAGGAGUUCCACAUCAUCUUCGACUGCGGCCAUGAAAUGGUCGCAGGGAUCCUGAAACAGGCUCUUGCCAUGGGAAUGAUGACAGAGUAUUAUCACUUUAUCUUCACCACACUGGAUCUGUUUGCUCUCGACGUAGAGCCUUACCGAUUCAGUGGUGUGAACAUGACUGGCUUCAGGAUCCUCAACACAGAGAACAGCCAGGUCGCCUCCAUCACAGAGAAGUGGUCCAUGGAACGACUGCAGGCCCCACCCAAACCUGACUCUGGUCUACUGGACGGCUUCAUGACCACGGACGCGGCGCUCAUGUACGAUGCAGUGCACGUGGUGGCCGUGGCCGUGCAACAGUCUCAGCAGAUCACCGUCAGCUCCCUGCAGUGUAACCGCCACAAGCCCUGGCGCUUCGGGAACCGCUUCAUGGCUCUCAUCAAAGAGGCCCGUUGGGAUGGCCUGACUGGAAGGAUCACUUUCAACAGGACCAAUGGCUUAAGGACAGACUUUGACCUGGAUGUCAUCAGUCUCAAAGAGGAAGGACUAGAGAAGAUCGGGACUUGGGAUCCUCCGAGUGGCCUGAACAUGACCGACAACCAGAAGGGCAAGACGACCAACGUCUCCGACUCGCUGGCCAACCGCUCCCUGGUCGUCUCCACCCUGCUGGAGGAGCCCUACGUGAUGUUCAAGAAGUCGGACAAGCCGCUGUACGGCAACGACCGCUUCGAGGGCUACUGCAUCGACCUGCUGCGGGAGCUGGCCGCCAUCCUGGGCUUCACCUACGAGGUGCGGCUGGUGGAGGACGGCCGCUUCGGGGCCCAGGACGAGUUCACGGGCCAGUGGAACGGCAUGGUGAAGGAGCUUAUGGACCACAGGGCCGAUCUGGCCGUGGCUCCCCUAGCCAUCACCUACGUGCGAGAGAAGGUCAUCGAUUUCUCCAAGCCCUUCAUGACGCUGGGGAUAAGUAUCCUGUACCGCAAGCCCAACGGCACCAACCCGGGGGUCUUCUCCUUCCUCAACCCCCUGUCGCCCGAUAUCUGGAUGUAUAUUCUGCUGGCUUACUUGGGUGUCAGUUGUGUGCUGUUUGUCAUAGCCAGGUUUAGUCCCUACGAGUGGUAUAAUCCCCACCCUUGCAACCCCGACUCGGAUGUAGUGGAAAACAAUUUCACCCUGCUAAAUAGUUUCUGGUUCGGAGUUGGAGCUCUCAUGCAGCAAGGCUCAGAGCUCAUGCCGAAAGCCCUGUCCACCAGAAUAGUAGGAGGCAUCUGGUGGUUCUUCACCCUCAUCAUCAUCUCCUCCUACACGGCCAACCUGGCGGCCUUCCUCACCGUGGAGCGCAUGGAGUCACCUAUCGACUCAGCCGACGACCUCGCCAAGCAGACCAAGAUAGAGUACGGUCUGGUGGAGGACGGUUCCACCAUGUCCUUCUUCAAGAAAACCAAGAUCUCCACGUACGACAAGAUGUGGGAGUUCAUGAGCAGUCGGAGGCACUCAGUGAUGGUGAAGAACGUGGACGAGGGCAUCCAGCGGGUGCUCACCUCCGACUACGCCUUCCUCAUGGAGUCCACCACCAUCGAGUUCGUCACGCAGCGCAACUGCAACCUCACGCAGAUCGGGGGCCUCAUCGACUCCAAGGCCUACGGAGUCGGCACCCCCAUGGGCUCUCCGUACCGAGAUAAGAUCACUAUAGCCAUCCUCCAGCUGCAAGAGGAGGGGAAGCUGCACAUGAUGAAGGAGAAGUGGUGGCGGGGGAACGGCUGCCCCGAGGAGGAGAGCAAGGAGGCCAGCGCCCUGGGGGUGCAGAACAUCGGUGGCAUCUUCAUCGUGCUGGCUGCUGGCCUGGUGCUGUCCGUGUUCGUGGCCGUCGGGGAGUUCCUCUACAAGUCCAGGCAGAACGCGCAGCUCGAAAAGCGGUCCUUCUGCAGCGCCAUGCUGGACGAGCUUCGAGUUUCGCUCAAGUGCCAGCGGCGGCUGAAGCACAAGCCCCAGCCGGCUGCCCUGGUCAAGACAGAGGAGGUCAUCAACAUGCACACCUUUAACGACCGCCGACUGCCCGGGAAAGAGACCAUGGCCUGA